AUGGUCUCAAUUGCUUCUGCAAGAUAUGGCAAAGAAAAUGUCCGCGUUUACAAAGUUGAGAGGGAUUCUGAAACAGGCAUCCAGACGGUCACCGAAAUGACGGUCUGCGUCUUGCUGGAAGGAGCCAUUGAACCAUCGUGAGCCAACAAUUACCCCUCCAUUCUGACCCCACUAAUAUUUAUCUCAAGGUACACAAAGGCAGAUAACAGCGUAGUCGUAGCCACCGAUUCGAUCAAGAACACAAUUUAUAUCAAAGCCAAAGAGCACCCAGUAACUCCCCCGGAACUCUUCGCCAGCUACCUCGGAACCCACUUCAUCGAAACCUACAAGCACAUUCACACUGCCAACGUUCGCAUUAUUACACACAGAUGGACUCGAAUGACAAUUGACGGAAAGCCACACCCGCACUCUUUCUUUCGCGACGGCUCAGAAACCCGCAAUGUUGAAGCAGUCAUAAAGAAGGGCAAGAUUGAUAUUCGCAGUGGCAUCAAUGGUUUGCUGGUAUUGAAAAGCACCGGCUCCCAAUUCCAUGGCUUCGUUCGAGAUGAGUUCACCACACUUCCCGAAGUCUGGGACCGAAUUUUGAGCACCGAUGUCGAUUGUGGUUGGGUCUGGAAGACAUUCCCUAGUAUGGACGCCGUAAAGGAAUCCACGUCAAAGUUCAACCAAGCUUGGGAGGGAGCCAGAAGCAUCACCAUGAAAACCUUUGCCGAAGAGGAUAGCCCCUCAGUCCAGAAUACCAUGUACAAAAUGUGCGAGAAGGUCUUGGAGUUUGUUCCCGAAGUUGAGACGGUUGAUUACAAGCUUCCAAACAAGCACUAGUAAGUUUUCCCCUCCUUGUUUCCGCACACCAAUUUCUAACGAUUUCUAGCUUCGAAGUUGACCUCAGCUGGCACAAGGGUAUCAAGAACACCGGAAAAGAUGCCGAGGUCUACGCUCCACAAUCUGGACCAAAUGGCCUCAUUGAAGUAAAGGUUGAUAGAAAGCCAGCUUCUCGUCUCUGA